AAGGAGCUUGUGGUGAUCGCGGCGGUGAUCUUCGGCUUCUGUGCUGUGGCUGACGCUGCUACUGAUCCUAAUGAUGUUCAGGGGCUCCAAGUUUUGUACACUUCACUGAAUAGUCCUUCAGAGCUAACAGGCUGGAAAUCAAGUGGUGGCGAUCCAUGUGGUGAGUCAUGGAAAGGAGUCACGUGUCAAGGUUCUUCUGUUGUCUCUGUCCAGAUAUCCGGGUUGGGACUCAGUGGAACAAUGGGAUACUUGCUCAACAAUCUUGGGUCACUCAAGACAUUGGAUUUGAGUAACAACAAUAUUCAUGAUUCAAUCCCAUAUCAGUUACCGCCAAACCUGACAAGCCUAAACCUUGCGAGCAACAACUUAAGUGGGAAUCUUCCUUAUUCCAUAUCUAAUAUGGGCUCACUUAAUUAUCUGAACAUCAGCAGAAACAUGUUGUCUCAGACAGUUGGGGAUAUGUUUGCCAAUCAUUCUGCACUAGAUACUUUGGAUGUAUCUUUCAACAAUUUUACUGGGGAUCUCCCAUCUUCCUUUGCAUCUUUGACAAAUCUUUCAACUCUUCAAGUACAAAACAAUCAGCUCACAGGUUCUUUGAACAUCCUAGUUGGUUUGCCUUUGACAAAUUUAAAUGUCGCCAACAACCAGUUUACUGGGUGGAUACCACAAGAACUAAAUUCUAUCCCCAAUUUUGUAUACGAUGGAAAUGCAUUUGCAAAUGGUCCUGCUCCUCCUCCACCACCAUAUACCUCACCUCCUCCUGGUAGAUCACGCAAUCACAGCCGGCAAACUCCUCCUGGUGGUCAUAAGCCUGACUCCAACCGAAGCAAUUCACAGAAUGAAAAUAAGAAUGGGUUGACAGCAGGACCUAUUGUAGGCAUAGUUCUAGGAUCUUUAUUUGCUGCAGUCUUGUUGCUGCUUGCUUUAGUUUUUUGCCUUAGAAGGGGAAACAAGAAGGAAGUUGCUGCACGACCCUCAACAGGAAGUCUUCCUGUCAGCAGCGAAAAAUGCAGUGCCACCAAGUCCUCAUUGAAUAUGGAGAUGCAAGAACAAAGGUCAAAGCCAACAGCUAGUGUAUCUGACUUAAAGCCCCCACCAGCUGACAAUUUGACUGCGGAAAGGUUGCAAGGGAAAAAUGGAUCUGUAAAAAGAGUGAAGUCUCCAAUAACUGCUACUUCUUAUACAGUUGCUGCUCUUCAGACUGCAACUAAUAGCUUUAGUCAAGAGAACCUGAUCGGUGAAGGUUCUCUUGGUCGUGUUUAUAGAGCAGAAUUCCCCAAUGGGAAGAUUAUGGCCAUCAAAAAGGUCGACAGUGCAGCACUGUCACUGCAGGAGGAAGAUAAUUUCCUUGAAGCGAUUUCAAAUAUGUCACGUCUGAGGCAUCCAAAUAUUGUGGCACUGGCUGGAUAUUGUGUUGAGCACGGACAACGACUUCUUGUGCAUGAUUAUAUUGGAAAUGGUAGCUUGCAUGAUAUGUUGCACUUUGCUGACGAGAGGAGCAAGAUGCUGACAUGGAAUGCUAGGGUUAGGGUGGCACUUGGCACUGCACGAGCUUUGGAGUACUUGCAUGAAGUGUGUUUACCUUCUGUUGUGCAUAGAAACUUAAAGUCGGCAAACAUUUUGCUGGAUGAAGAACUCAAUCCCCACCUUUCAGACUGUGGAUUAGCUGCUCUGGGACCAAAUACAGAACGACAGGUUUCGUCAACCCAGAUGAUAGGCUCAUUCGGUUACAGUGCACCUGAAUUUGCCUUAUCUGGAAUAUACACUGUGAAAAGCGACGUAUACAGUUUUGGUGUCGUUAUGCUGGAGCUUCUGACCGGACGGAAGCCUCUUGAUAGUUCAAGAGCGAGAUCGGAACAGUCCCUUGUAAGAUGGGCCACCCCUCAACUCCAUGAUAUUGAUGCUUUAGCAAAGAUGGUGGACCCUGCACUAAAUGGCAUGUACCCUGCAAAGUCUUUGAGCCGUUUUGCAGACGUCAUUGCCCUCUGUGUCCAGCCUGAACCUGAGUUUCGGCCCCCAAUGUCUGAAGUUGUGCAAGCGCUGGUUCGAUUGAUGCAAAGGGCGAGCAUUGUCAAAAGAAGAUCCAGUGAGGAAUCAGGUUUUGCAUUCAAGACUCCAGAUCAUGAACCAAGUGACAUGUUAUAACAGGUAUCAGGCUGGCAGGGUCAUAACCUUUGCAAUUUUGAGUGCAAUUGUGCAAAGGUCGACUGGCCUUGCUCAAAAACCGAGAAGAAAAUGAUAAUUAUAAAUAACAAAUGCAAAGAAAUGUAAUUAUCUUGAAUACAUUGCGGGAGAGAAUCACUUAUUUAUACUUUAUUGGUAAUUGCUUCA